GAUUGGCAAGCAGUUAACAAGAACACGGGGGCGGUGACAGAGCUGGACGAGGACCUGGAGUUGGGGGAGCGUUCACACACCCCGCGGUGGGCCUGCUCCAGAGACAUGCACUCUGGAACACGCCCUGCAGAGCUGCAGACGGAUGCCCUCGGUGACCUGGCAGCCCUGCUCCCAGGAUGUGCCUCCCAGGGAGUGCGUGCGCGUGCGUGAGCAGCCCAAGCUCCCGUGGCAGGAAGGCGGGCACCCGGCUUGUUGCACAGCCACAGAAAUGUUAUCGUUCCGCACCGGAGAGGAACGGACUAUGGAAACAGCUGAAUGCAGACGAACACUGGUGUCAGGUGACUGGGAAAAGAACACAUCACUCGAUGAGGCCACUUGUGUGAAAUGCAAACCGAUGCAAAGCUACGUUCUGCUUGCGGCUCCGUGCAGAGUGCCACCGCUGUACGUGCAAAAACAGUCCACCAGACAGACGGGCCGCAGCAUGACAACCACGAGAGGACUCAGGACAGCCUCUCCAGCCGGGCCGCUGCAGGUGCUCUUGAUUUUGUGGCCUAAGUGCUCUUGUGUGAAGCGGAAACCUUGCAUGUUGGGCCCGAUGAGUUCUUCUGGUAGCAUCUCCGUACACGAUGGUUCCUAUGAGAAGCUUCUGUCUUGCCUAAUGGGCCUGGAUCAGUAUCAGCUGGAGGAAUUCAAACUUGGCCUCCAGGCCCCGCAGCUGCUGCUUGAGAACUCCCGGCCGAUCCCCUGGGCGAGCCUGAAAGCCGCCGGUCCUGCUGAUCUGCUGUGCCUGUUGAGUGAGUACUUAACAGUGAGGCAGAUAUGGGACGUGACCCUCCACAUCUUCGAGAACAUGCAGCUGACUUCACUCUGCGAGGAAAUGAGAGCAAAGACGAAUGAGUUCACACGGGCGCAGGAGCCCCACGAUGCAGACCAGGAAAGACCAGGGACGCCAGGAGAAGAAGCAGCCCACAGGAGGAGGUACAGAGAGAGGAUGAAGGCUAAAAUACUGGCGAUGUGGGACAGUGUCUCCUGGCCUGAAGACCAUAUAUAUCUCUGCAACGUGACGGCGAAGGAGCACGAAGAACUUAGGAGGCUGCUGGGCCCUAACCGGGCUGGAGCCCAGCCCCGGACGAUCGUCCUGGAGGGCGGCGCCGGGGUUGGGAAGAGCACGCUGGCGAUGAAGGCCGUGCUGCACUGGGCAGAGGGCGUCCUCUUUCAGGACAGGUUCUCCUAUGUUUUCUUUAUCAGCUGCCAUAAAGUGAAGGAGAUGGCGGACACCACCCUUGCUGGCUUGCUUUCCCAGGACUGGCCUGACUCUCAGGCCCCCACUGAAGAGUUCAUGGGUCAUCCCGAGAGGCUCCUGUUUGUCAUUGAUGGCUUUGAAGAGAUGGUUUUGUCCCCCGACUUGGACAACAGCCCACCAUGUUCAGACUGGUACCGGCAGCUCCCAGUGGCCAGAAUCCUCCUCCACUUGUUGAAGAAAGAGUUGGCGCCCACGGCUACCCUACUGGUAACAGCCAGAGACUACGGUAAUGGUCGUCUUAAAGGGCUGCUGCUGAAUCCAUGGUUUGUCUUACUCUCAGGGUUCACAGAAGGAGACCGGGAGGAGUACUUCACCAGGUUCUUCGGUGACUACGACCAAGCCACGAAGAUCUUGCGUAAGAUGAGAAAAAUGGAGUCUCUGUUUCGCUCCUGCUCUGCGCCCCUGGUGUGCUGGGCCGUGUGCUCCUGCCUGAAGCGGCGGGUGGUGAGAAGCCCGUAUUCCCGGCCGGGCGCCGAGACCGCCACCAGCCUGUACACGCGCUUCUUCUCCGGCCUGUCUUCCGUGGCCCCGGCGAGCGCGUCAGGGCGGAGCCGGCCGGGGCAGUGGAGGGCCCUCUGCAGCCUCGCUGCACAGGGCAUGUGGCUCUCGCACUUCGCGUUUCCAAAGGAGGACGUGGAGCGCUGGCACCUGGAGGCCCCUCUCGUCGAGUCUCUCCUGAGGCGGAAUAUUCUGCGCAAAGUCGGUGACUGUGAGGACUGCGUUGCUUUCACGCACCACAGCUUCCAGGAGUUUCUGGGGGCCGUGUUCUACGUGCUCCGGGGAGCCAGAGGGUCCCUUGGUGGUGGUUCCACGAGGCAUCAAGAGAUGAGGGCGCUGCUGAGUGACGCCUUCUUGAACACAAACGUCUAUUGGAAUCAGAUGGUUCUCUUUCUCUUUGGUCUUGUAAGGAGAGACCUGGCCAGGGAACUGGAAGACGCUCUGCGUUGUGAAGUGUCUCGCAGGGUGAGGGACGAGCUGCUGGACUGGGCAGAAGACUUAGAGGGGUGCAGUGCAGUCUCCGUCCGUUUUGAGUUCCUGCUGCUUUUCCAGUGCUUACAUGAGACGCAGGACGAGGACUUUGUACAGCAGAUCUUGAGUCGCCUCCUGGAAGCCGACCUUGACAUUCGUGGGAGUCUGCAACUUCGAGUUUCUUCCUUUUGCCUGAAGCACUGUCAGAAGCUGAGUAAGCUGAGGCUUUCUGUCAGCAGUCCCAUCCCUCAAACGGAGCUGACUUUUGACCUGGAAACCCCGGGGGCAAAGGUGGUCGAUUCGAGGACUCGUCAGUGGCAGGAUAUUUGCUCCGUGCUUCGCAAUGGGAACAUGCGUGAGCUGGACCUGAGUGACAGCAAGCUUAAUGCUUCCUCCAUGAAGAGACUCUGUUACGAGCUGAGAAAUCCAAGGUGCAGACUCCAGAAGCUGACGUGCAGGUCGGUGUCUCCCGUGCGGGUUCUGAAGGAGCUCGUCCUCGUUCUGCACGGGAACCACAGGCUGACCCACCUCGACCUGAGCUGCAACAACCUGGGAAUCACCGUGUCUGCGAUGAUCUUUAGAACUCUGAGGCACUCAGCCUGCAACCUCCAGUAUCUGUGGUUGGAGUCGUGUGGCCUCACCGCCUGGGCCUGCCAUCAGCUCUUUGCGGAACUCGGCGAGAACUCCAGCCUGCGGUUCCUCAGCCUGGGCGACAACAACCUCUCUAACACCGAGGUGAAAAGACUGCAGGGGCCGUUUGGGACGUCCAGGUGCCCCCUCAAGGAGCUGUCGCUGGAGAAGUGCAACCUGUCGGUGGCCAGCUGUCGGGACCUGGCCCUGCUUCUCACCAGCGCCCAGGGGGUGACUCGGCUGUGCCUGGGGUUGAAUCCACUCCAAGACGACGGUGUGGAGCCGCUGUGUGGUUCCCUGGCCCACCCUGACUGCGUCUUGGAGAGACUGGUCCGGGCCACCCGGGCCACGUGCGCCCCCAGCAAGCGUUGUAGCAGCACCCGCGAAGGGCUGCGCACCAGGGCCGCUCGCCACACUCCGUGCUCAGCACGUGUCCUGGUGCUGGUCCUGGGGACACCUCUGCCUGGCGAGUACCAGGACUCUGACUUCCGCUCUUGCAAAUGCCGAGAGCCACCGGAUGACUUUCCCCCACUCUGUUUAUUUCUACUUUGCAGCUUGUCAGCUUGCUCUUUGACAGCAGAGGGCUGUCAGGAGCUUGCUGAUGCCCUCAAGCGCAACCCUAAUGUGAAAACCUUGGAUAUCGGGGAAAAUGACGUUCAGGAUGAUGGGGUGAAACGGCUGUGCGAGGUGCUGAAAUGCUCGAAUUGCACACUGAGCACGCUUGGGCUGGAGAGAUGCAACUUGACGCGUGGUUGCUGCCAGCAUCUCUCCUCUGCUCUCGGAAGCAGCAAAAGCCUGGUUAAUCUGGACCUGUCAGGAAAUGACCUGGGGCCUGAGGGAGUCAGCACGCUGUGGAAGUCCUUGGAAAAACCAGCGUGCACACUGCGGAAACUCAGGCUCGAAGAAGACUUGUACUCCAUAGUGAAAGCGGAGUUGGAGAAGUUACAGGAGAAGGGGUCCUCUCUGAGAAUCAAGUGUAGAAGAUGGAUAGUCAGAGAGGACAGAUGUUGCCUGGGGCUACAGGACUGAACAUGGACAAGCCAGGAUUCCAGCACCGGCCCCCAUGAUUCAGGAAGUAACAGAGGAUCCAGACGGUCCCACAACAUCAGCCGUCAGCCGUGGCACCUGCACUGGGAGCGCAGCGCAAGGACGACGGGAACGAGGUCGUGCCGCCAGGACAGCCAGAUGUAGGCGCUGGGGAUGGGCUUUAAAGGGGUGGACCCGUAUCUUCAUGAGACGGAUAAGGUAAUGAUCUCAGUGCGGGAGUUACCCCGGUUUUAGCCUAACUGCUACUACGACUGCUCUCGGUCUCACAGAGGCUUGAAAGGGGAAAAUAGAGAGAGAGAUGCUAAGGGUUCAUUAUCUACUACAUAACAUCUAUCUGAUAAAAUCAUGCAGAUAAGUUUUAUUAUAACUAUGCUUAUAACUAUAGACUUACAAGCUUAAAUACAUUAUAUAGUAUAUUUAGAAUUUUAAAUACUACAUAGUCAUCCAUAUAAUUACAUGUGUAA